AUGGAAGAACAAGAAGAACCGCUCUACGUGAAUGCUAAACAAUAUCACCGAAUUUUGAAAAGACGAGCGGCUAGAGCAAAAUUGGAAGCAGAAAAUAAAAUACAGAGGGGUCGAAAGAAAUAUCUUCACGAAUCUCGUCACAAGCACGCAAUGCGUCGGCCUCGUGGACCGGGUGGCCGCUUCCUCACCGCAGCUGAAAUUGCGGAAAUGGAACGGCAAGAGAAGAAGGAUAAUGAGAAUUCUUCACAGACACAAGAAAUUCAGCAAAAUGGUUCUGGACCAGAAUCUUUAACGCAUAUCCUAACUGAAAAUGGUGUAAAACAAGAAUUACUAUAUACACAAAAUAUAGAUAAUCUUGAAGAAUUAGUGGGAUUAGAAGUGGAUUGGCAACUUGAAAGAGUUAAACACUGUCAAGCACAAGUAGUUCAAUUACAUGGAACCAUGGCAAAGCUACGAUGUAGCGCUUGUACAAAUAAUUAUUCUUUUGCGACGCAAUAUUGUGACGUUUUUAAGCAAGGUGAGGCGCCAAAUUGCCCCGGAUGUGAAGAGAGAGUAAUUCUUUACGGUGAUUCACAUCCUAAAGGAUUAGAAAUUUGUCAAAUUGCUGAACAAGAUAAGGAUAAAGCGGAUUGUUUGGUUAUAAUGGGAACAUCUUUAAGAAUUCCUGGAGUAAAAGCACUCAUAAAGGACUUUGCUAGAGCGGUUCAUGAUCGAGAAGGUUAUGUGAUAUUGGUAAAUGCUACAGAUGUAGUUACUAAAGAAUGGAAUGGGUUAAUUGAUUAUCAAAUAGAAGGUACAUGUGAUGAAUGGGUUAAACUUGUUGAAAUAGAAUUAUCAAAUAUCGAAAGAACAACGGCUACGAGACUUUUGAAAAGUAAAUCGGCCAUAACAAAUAAUAAAGAACAAGAUAAAAAAGAACGAAAGAAGAGUCGUGAUGAAGAACCAUUGGAUAAGAAAGGAAAAAAAACAAAAGUUAACAUAGAUAAAAGAGUGGAAACGAAGAAUUCAAAUAAAGAAUUAAUGGAAACGAGAGAAAGAAAGAAGAGACGUCUUAAUGAUGAAGCAAUAGAGAGAAGAGAAAGGAAGCCGAGAAUUCUCAAAGAUAAAAUAAUCAAGAAGAAGGAGAGAAAGCCAAGGAGUGCAAAAUCCAUACAAUCAGAUAUAAAGGAAAGGAAAACGAGAGCUCUCAAAAACAAACUUUUUGAAAGAAAAAAAAAAAGACCCUUAACGUAG